AGGCGACGUGCAUACCUUUUCGAUGAAGGAAAGAGAGGCGUUAUAACUCUUCAUUGAACGAAGCCAACCAGCUUACAGCUUUGUCACUUGCUUGUAGCAAAAGAGCUCGCUUUUAAAGGCACAGACAAACAAUCGUAUUAAUAUUGGGAAGAAGCACCGGGGAUCAUGCAUUAAAAUAUAUAGAGUUGACUUUUUUUACAAAUAAAAUCGCCAUAUUGCAAAACAAAUUUUAAGUGUUUUUCAUAAGUUUCAGUUUACAGACACGACUAGUGAACCAAAAACACAAAUACAAAAAAAUCUUCUGGCGAUGGCUUCCAAACUCCUUCGUGCUGUCAUCCUUGGUCCGCCUGGCUCUGGAAAGGGAACUAUCUCUCAGCGCAUAGCUAAGUGCUUUGGCCUUAAACAUCUGUCCAGCGGAGAUUUUUUGAGGGAGAACAUCAAGCGAAGCAGUGAGUUUGGAGUUUUGGCAAAGCAGUAUAUAGAAAAGGGUCUUUUGGUCCCAGACCAGAUAAUUACCCGGGUAGUGUUGACAGAGCUUGAAAAGAUGAGAAACCAGAGCUGGUUACUUGAUGGCUUUCCUCGGACCAUGGCACAAGCAGAGGCAUUGCACGGUAUUAGUGAUGUUGACUUAGUGAUAGCACUGAAUAUUCCAUUUGAAACACUGAAGGAGCGGCUUAGUACACGCUGGAUUCACCCACCUAGUGGAAGAGUAUACAACAUGGAGUUCAAUCCUCCUCAUGUACAUGGAAUUGAUGAUAUCACUGGUGAACCAUUAAUCCACCAGGAAGAUGAUGAACCUGAUAAUGUUGCAGCAAGACUAAGGCAGUACAAGGAUUUUGCCAAACCUGUAAUUGAAUUCUAUAAGGAUAGAGGUAUCCUUCAUUCAUAUUCGGACACAGAAACUAACAGAAUUUGGCCAUAUAUUUACAGCCUCCUCAGUUCAAGGAUCACUGCAGUGCAUCCAGAUACUGCACCUGAAUCUCUUCAGAGUCAGAAACAGUAAAUGUUCCUCUGACAUUGUCACUGGAUUUGAUUUGCACAGCUGUUGGCAUGUCAGAACAAAAUUAUCACCUGUUUAAACUGUAAACAUGGGCCAAAGAACAGGAUAUGAAAAACAAGUGUUUUUUUCUGAGUGACUUUCUCUUGUACUAUGCUGAAAUGACUGGAUUCUAAGAGACAAAAGAUCACAAGUGGAUAUUGUAAUAUACAAGUUGUGUUUCUGUAUUGAUCAUGUCAAGUUUUCUAGAAGUAAGAGAAUAACAUUGUUGGGGAUAAGAUUAUUGCUUCCAUUUAAGAGACUGAAGUAUUUUUUACUGGAUCUUGCUGAGUAACCCUCACAGGUAAAGUAAUAUGAGCAGUGUUUGGGAAACAAAUUAAGAAGAUGCCCAAGAGAAAAGAAAAGCAGUACAACACUAUAAUAUAUUUAGUGUGACUUGUACAUUGGAACAUUUUAAUUACUGGUACUGUAAGUUAUUGUAAACUUUCUUACACUCCACAUAAAAUGAAUAGCAGUACUCAUGUUUACUAUCAGUGAGAAAAUCAUGCCUGUGUUGUAUGAGAAGUGCAGUCAUACCAUAGGAAGGAAUCGGUACAUUUCAAGCUCUACACCAUUGUGAAUUUACUGUGGUUUAUGAAUUCUUACAACUGUGAUGUGGUAUUUGUUGCUAAUUUUAGGUCAUUGUUUUGAUAACAGACUCGUUGUUUGCAUUCAUAAACUAUUUUCUACAGGUCAGUAGGAUACAGAAUAAGUUUCAUUGUUAGUGAGAGGGAUCAUUUAUUUUGAGGAAAAAGAAUAGCACUUUUAUACAACAUUCGAUAUGCUGCUAAGUAUUAUCCCCUGAAGACAUUGGGCAACAUAUAUAACUGCUGUGAUAAACUAAGUGGCCAUGCAGACAUGUAGAUACAGAAAUCAUUGGUAGGGAAGGACCAUUUGUCCUACCUCACUCUCCAACUUGCACAUUAAAAGGAUUUGCUGCAGUCUGUUGUUAACCACACUAGUUAAGCUUGCUUUACAUUCAUCUUGGCCUCUGCAUUCUGGAAUUUUGCCAUUUAUCUUGCUCAAGCCCAAAAAUACUGUUGGGUUUCAUGCAGAACUCAUUAUUUCCAACGGAAUAUUAAGACAGAAAAGCCUUAAACCUGGAUAUUUGCCAUCUUGUAUGGCUGUAUGUACUAGUAUUUACUGUACAGCACAUUCCUUCACCUUUUACCCCUUGAUUUUCUAAAUGCAUUGCCAAUUACUGGCAGUAUGCCAUUCAGUACUUUCCUUGACAUUACAUAAUGCAUCACUGGGUUGGCCCUGCAUGUACAGGAGGUAGCUGCAUGGAAGCUUCAUGCUAAUGGUAGGCAAUGAGGGACAGUUAAUUCACUCUGCUGGUGUUGCCAAAUAGUGGCUGUACUGUAAACACUCUGCAUUUCUUCUUAGCCCCUCCCACUUCUAGAGGAUCAUAUGCAGUUGGCAUAGCAACAGCACUUGCAUUCUGUUGUUUAUGUAAUCAAGUGGCUGUCUUGAAGCAGUGUGAGUUCAUUGCAUCAUUAAGGUGACAUCUUCUAGAAAACCUUACGUCUUCAUUCCAUUUAGCCAAUGUUUAAAACAGCUUUUCAGCCCACCAUGAACCAUAAGCAAUUUCUAGUAAUUUCCUAAAACCAUGGGCAGGGCAGGUGAAAAACAUACAUACUAAUGAUAGUGUCAACAAUGGAAUGCAUUGAAAUUCAACGAAGCACUUACUGUCAUGCAGAAGAUGAAAGGCUACCUGCCAUUUGCUGAACAGUAGAGAGCAGGUAACCAUCAUCUUGGUUUGGUCAUGCAAAAGGAUUUAGAAGUGAAACAAAAUUAUUAGACUGUGUUCCUGUUUUUCUGUGUGUGUACAUGUUUGUAUAUGUAUUUCACAAGUUUUCCUGUAUCCCAUGCCUUCAGCAGACCUAAAAUGAUUUGGCCUUUUGAAUAUUCUAGAAGCAUUUUAAGCCUAAUGUAGAUUCUGCUAUCGAUCCUUUGUCAAUAGCUUUACCUCUCAUUUAUCUAAAUAUGUUAGCCAAUGAAUAUUUGAUCAUUUUGCACACAUGCAGAGUAGAACAGACAGUAAUUCACAAACCAAAGAGCAAUUCUGAAAAGAGCUGCAUUCUUUAUUUCUCAGAAAAAGAUGUUAUUUUUACCAGUUCCAACAGUUGCAAACACACUAAGGAGAUCAUUAUUUAUGGGUGAAUGAAUGGUUUAAUUAGUUGUAGUACGAUAAAAGGCUUGGCAUCCAUUUGUUUAGCUAAUAAAUAUCAUGAAAAUGCUUUUGUCUUGCAUACUUGCAUUUUUACUAAGCAUUAGGUAUCUACUAGUUAUCUAAAGACCUUAUUAAGUGAUCUGUUAAAUUAAAAUAUAAUUUGUGCACUCAAUAGCCAAAUUAAAGACAAUAUUUUUGCCAGCAAAUGAUACUGCUACUGCUGCCAUAACCACAUGGCAGGUGAGAAGCAGUUUAAGGUGUCAGGCCAAGCACUGCUAAAAGUUGUGGUAGUUUUGCAGUCAGGGACACAUACAUUUCAUAUCCCUUCCUGACAAAUGCCUUACCCAUCUUUUCAGAGUCUGAUUAUUUCCCUGUCUCCUCAUCCUUUCUUGGUAUCUCACCAGCCAUAAGAAGGUGUCAAAUAUAAUCCAGUUUGGGUAUGCUAAUUUAAGCACAGAUUUAAGUGAUGUGAUGAAAUGUUAUAUGUAACAUGGUACUGAAUUUUUGAUAAAUGGUUUUGGUUCAAUUGAACAUACUAUUCAAAAUAUGUAUCUAUGUUCACACUUGUGCUACAAAUGUGAUAUUCAUUCUCAACACACUUACCUUUUGUGAGCAACGCUGUGACUGUGUGUGUUAACAUGUAAUACUAUUAAUGCAUACAGGUUUUGGAAUGUUCAAGUGGCGCAGAUGCAUCACCAGUAUUGUAAUAUUUGUACCACAGCAUUAAAAGAACUGUUAGAACCUUU